GCCUCAAAGUGACCACGGACCAAGGAGUCUGUAAUGAAUAGGCAAGGCCAGCCUCUGCUCCCCCAGAAAAGAAGAAAUGUUCAUCUGAACUACAUCACCGUUUUGGAGCCUUCAAAGUAACCAAGGAUUGAAAAGAAGUAAACUGAUAUCCAGUGCCUCUAGCCUUCCUGUUGAAAGCAGGCAAAGAGUGCAUGAAGGCUCUUCAAAUAUGUCAGAGACUUCCUCCCAUGACUCCUUCUACGAUUCCCUAUCAGACAUGCAGGAAGAAAGCAAGAAUGCUGACUGCUUCCCUGAGCUGUCUGCUUUUCUCAGCCAGGAAGAGAUAAACAGGAGCCUUGACCUGGCCCGGAGAGCAAUAGCCAACUCGGAGACAGAAGAUUUUGACUCAGAAAAGGAGAUCUCACAGAUUUUCAACGUCUCUCCCACAAGCUUCUGUGAAAAUUCUUCCCGACAGGAGACCAAAUUGGGUGAGCCGACGUCCUCGGGGAGACCUCGGGACAACAGGCCAGAAGAACAGGCCGAGCAAAUCUCCUCACCUGGUGCAAGGCGGAAACCUGCCACCUCACCCCUGCUUGCCAGACCCAGCUAUAUCCGGAGCCUGCGGAAGGCUGAAAAGCGUGGUGCUAAAACUCCCAACACGGGUGUAAAGCCCAAACCGGCAUAUCAAGGUAAGUCUGGCCCCCAGAGCCAGCUGUGUGAUAAGGCGGCUAAUUUCAUCGAGGAGCUGACCUCUAUAUUUAAAGAAGCGGCAAAGCCAAGAAACAGAAGCCCCAAUGGGGAGUCAUCUUCACCGGACAGUGGGUACCUGUCUCCUAAGAAUCAGUCGUCGGCCCUGAUGAGUGUCUCCGCCAGCCAGAGCCCCACCGAAGACGAACAAGAAAUGGAAGCAGAGAUGAAAUUACCCGAGGCCAGACAUUGCUACCGGGAAGGCCAGGACGAGGCCGUGCCGGGCCUUGGCAUCUCUCACCCCCAGCCCCAGAGCGCACUCCACUUCCCGUCGGCUCCUCGCUUCGUCCAGAAGCUGCGGAGCCAAGAAGUGGCAGAAGGAAGCAGAGUUUAUCUGGAGUGUAGAGUCACUGGAAACCCAACGCCUCGAGUCAGAUGGUUCUGUGAGGGGAAGGAGCUACACAACACUCCUGAUAUUCAGAUCCACUGUGAGGGGGGGGACCGCCACACCCUGGUCAUAGCAGAAGCCUUUGAGGACGACACAGGCCGCUAUACCUGUCUGGCUACGAAUCCGAGCGGCUCAGACGCAACGUCUGCGGAGGUGUUCAUCGAAGGUGCCAGUUCAUCAGAUUCUGACAGUGAAAGUUUAGCUUUCAUAUCACAACCUGGAGCUAUGCCACAAGCUCAAAAGAAAACAACUUCUGUUUCCCUGACAAUAGGAUCAUCAUCUCCAAAAACAGGAGUGACCACAGCUGUGAUUCAGCCAUUGUCUGUCCCCGGUCAACAGGUUCACAGUCCAACCUCGUAUCUCUGCAGACCUGAUGGAACCACUUCUGCCUACUUUCCUCCUGUUUUUACAAAGGAACUGCAAAACAUAGCAGCGUCUGAGGGCCAGGUGGUGGUUCUCGAGUGCCGGGUCCGAGGAGCACCCCCUCUGCAGGUCAAGUGGUUCCGACAGGGAAGUGAAAUCCAGGACUCCCCAGACUUCCGAAUUCUGCAGAAAAAACCUCGAUCUACAGCUGAACCUGAGGAGAUCUGUACCCUAGUCAUCGCUGAGACUUUCCCUGAAGACGCAGGGAUCUUUACGUGCUCCGCAAGAAAUGAUUACGGAUCAGUAACCAGUACUGCCCAGCUAGUUGUCACCCCAGCCAAUGCUGAGAACUGUAGCUAUGACUCCAUGGGUGAAUCCAACAAUGAUCACUUCCAGCACUUCCCACCUCCCCCUCCGAUCUUGGAGACAAGUCCCUUUGAGUUGGCCUCAAAGAAAUCAGCCGAGAUCCAGCAGGUGAACAGCCCAGAGUUAGGAGUUGGCAUGGCAGCCCUUCAAAUGCAAUUCAAUUCUGCUGAGAGGGAGACCAACGGAGUCCAUCCCAGCCAUGGAGUGAACGGAAUGAUUAACGGCAAAGCUAAUGGUAAUAAAUCUCUUCCAACACCAGCUGUCCUGCUUUCCCCCACGAAGGAGCCACCACCUCUGCUUGCCAAACCAAAACUGGACCCUCUGAAAAUCCAGCAACUACAGAACCAAAUCCGCCUGGAGCAGGAGGCCAGCGCGCGGCUCCCCGCGACCAGCGCCCCACGCAGCGCGCCACCCUCGCCGCCCUUCCCACCGCCUCCCGCCUUCCCCGAGCUCGCGGCCUGCGCGUCGCCUGUGGCCCCGGAGCCCAUGAGCGCGCUCGCCUCCCGAGCCACCCCCGCCAUGCAGUCCUCCGGCUCCUUCAACUACGCGCGCCCCAAGCAGUUCAUCGCUGCGCAGAACCUGGGCCCAGCCUCCAGCCACGGCACGCCGGCCUCCAGCCCCAGCUCCUCCAGCCUCCCGUCGCCCAUGUCCCCAACACCGAAGCAUUUUGGUCGCGCGCCCGCACCCCCCUUCACGCAGCCCUUUGGCGCCGAGACAGAGGCCCCGUGGGGCCCAUCCUCGCCGUCACCCCCGCCGCCGCCGCCCCCGGUCUUCAGCCCCACCACGGCCUUCCCAGUGCCAGACGUGUUCCCGCUGCCGCCUCCGCCACCGCCUCUGCCGAGCUCAGCCCCGGCCUCCCACUGCGCCUCCCCCGCCGCCCGCUUCGGCCACAGCCAGACACCUGCAGCCUUCCUCAGUGCCUUGCUGCCCUCGCAGCCGCCACCCGUGGCAGUCAACGCCCUGGGCCUGCCCAAGGGCGUCACCCCCGCGGGAUUUCCAAAGAAAGCCAACAGAACUGCUAGAAUAGCCUCUGAUGAGGAAAUUCAAGGCACAAAGGAUGCUGUCAUUCAAGACCUGGAACGAAAACUUCGCUUCAAGGAGGACCUCCUGAACAAUGGCCAGCCGAGGUUAACAUAUGAAGAGAGAAUGGCUCGUCGGUUACUAGGUGCUGACAGUGCAACUGUCUUUAAUAUUCAGGAGCCAGAAGAGGAAACAGCUAAUCAGGAAAUUGAGUCUCCUCAUGCUUCUGUAGGGAGUCCUCUGGAUGGUCAAAAGGAAUACAAAGUCUCCAGCUGCGAACAGAGGCUCAUCAGUGAAAUCGAGUACAGGCUAGAAAGGUCUCCUGUGGAUGAAUCAGGUGAUGAAGUUCAAUAUGGGGACGUGCCUGUGGAAAAUGGAAUGGCACCGUUCUUUGAGAUGAAGCUAAAACACUACAAGAUCUUUGAGGGCAUGCCUGUAACUUUCACAUGCAAAGUGACUGGGAAUCCAAAGCCAAAGAUCUAUUGGUUUAAAGAUGGAAAGCAGAUCUCUCCAAAGAAUGAUCACUAUAGCUUUCAAAGAGAUCCCGACGGGACCUGCUCUCUCCACACCACGGCCUCCACCCUAGAUGAUGAUGGGAACUACACGAUUAUGGCUGCAAACCCUCAGGGCCGCGUCAGUUGCACUGGACGGCUGAUGGUGCAGGCUGUCAACCAAAGGGGUCGCAGUCCCCGCUCGCCCUCAGGCCACCCUCAUGUCAGAAGGCCUCGUUCUAGAUCAAGGGACAGCGGGGAUGAAAAUGAACCAAUCCAGGAGCGGUUCUUCAGACCUCACUUCUUGCAGGCCCCUGGGGACCUGACUGUGCAGGAAGGGAAGCUCUGCAGAAUGGACUGCAAAGUCAGUGGGUUACCAACCCCAGAUCUAAGCUGGCAACUAGAUGGAAAACCAAUCCGCCCCGACAGUGCUCACAAGAUGCUCGUCCGAGAGAACGGGGUGCACUCUCUGAUCAUUGAGCCAGUCACAUCACGCGAUGCCGGCAUCUACACAUGUAUAGCCACUAAUCGAGCAGGACAGAACUCGUUCAGCCUGGAGCUUGUGGUUGCAGCUAAAGAAGCACACAAACCACCCGUGUUUAUCGAGAAGCUGCAAAACACAGGCGUGGCAGAUGGGUACCCAGUGCGACUGGAAUGCCGCGUCUCGGGAGUGCCACCACCCCAGAUAUUUUGGAAGAAAGAAAAUGAAUCGCUCACACACAGCACGGACCGAGUGAGCAUGCACCAGGAUAAUCACGGCUACGUCUGCCUGCUCAUUCAGGGAGCCACAAAGGAAGAUGCCGGGUGGUACACCGUGUCCGCCAAGAACGAGGCCGGGAUCGUGUCCUGCACCGCCAGGCUGGACGUUUACACCCAGUGGCAUCAGCAGCCCCAGAGCACCAAGCCAAAAAAAGUACGCCCCUCAGCCAGUCGCUACGCGGCACUUUCGGACCAGGGACUAGACAUCAAAGCAGCGUUCCAGCCUGAAGCCAACCCAUCUCACCUGACGCUGAAUACCGGCCUCGGCCUCGUAGAAAGUGAGGACCUGUAACCCAACACUCUUGUUAAAGCUGAAACACUGAACCAGCCUUGCCUUGACCAACAUAUUCCUUUGUCACAAUAUGUAAAAGGCAGAAGUAUACCUUUGACUAUAAGAAAUAAAAAAAAAACCCAAAAUAA